AUGUUAGAAUUGAAGAAUCUCAACCCCCGUGACUCUCGCAAGAGUACAUGGUUGCAGAGCCAACACAGUCGGGCAUUUAGUAGUUGGUUUAAGAAAGAGGUUGAAAAACGUUUGGCUAACGGGGAAAAUAUUUGUGAUGAUGUUCGUUGGCUGGUCAAAGGGCCUAGUUUUGUUGUUAGUAAAUAUAGCGGUUUUGCCAUAAAUGAGUAUCUUUUUCAUAUAACAUCUCGAGAUGAGUCUAGAACAAUUCAAUGCAAUGGAGUAUCUUUAGCUGCACAUAUUAUGCAGAUUGCUAUUGCAAAACACUCCAAUACUAUGUAUGGUGUUGUUACUUACUUCAGUCGUGUCGUUGGAAAGGAAGCCACAAAACUAUAUACUUUUGAGGGUUUGGUUGCAAGAACAGUGGUUCCCAUAACUUAUUCCUCUUGGUUGGAAGUUGGUGCCGAAACAAAGGAAGAGCAAUGGCAAUAUGUUUUGGAAAAAUUUGUAGUUGACCCAAAGAGCCGGAAGCACACUCUCCAAUUGAUCGGGAAGAAGUGGAGAAACUUCAAACAUUAUCUAUAUGUCAAGUUCAUUAAGAAAAAAAGUAAAGAUCCUAAGUUAAAUCUACUCAAACCUCUGAAAGAUUAUCCGUUUUUAAAGAAAGAAGACUGGAAAAUUAUUGUAUCCCAUAGAGUUACAAAAAAGUGGGAGGACAAAAGUAUGAAAGCUAAAAAUGUUCGUGCACAUCAUAAAUACAAUCAUCGUUUGAGCAGAAAAGGAUAUGCCGGACUCAUUAAUGACAUUAUGCAAGAAACUGGCAAGACGAAAGAGGAGAAUGAUAAGACAAUGUUGUGGAAAAAAGCAAGAGAACUGAAAACAGGAGGGUAUGAAUCAAAUGUCAAGAUGAUUGUUGAUAGACUUAAUUCGGGAAGUUUUGGAGAGAUUACAUGUGGAACACAUGAUGUGCUUACAGAGGCCUUGGCUGUAAGUUGCCAAGUAGGGGUCAUUAUUGAAGAUGUUGAAAAAGAACCACCAGAAGAAUCACUUGAUAAUUCAUGUCUUCUUGCGGUUGACUUUGCCGCAAAUGUAGUCGCUAAAGGAACCAUAAUGAAGUAUAGUGCCUCGGAUGAAAACAUUCAAGUUAUGAUGGAAACAAUUUUACAAGGAGAAGCUUUACUACCCAUUCCACUUGAAGAGGAUUUCAUUAUGAAGGUCAAAGAUGCACUUGGACACAUACUAAGUUGGCCGAGACACUUAGUUAUUCGAUGCUCUGACCUAGUGAUACUAUUUUCACAUACACCUUGA